GGUUGUAGGGAGCUUGCACACACCAGGGCCCUGAGGAAGAAGAGCUGGAGACGGGGAGGAGUUGGAGGGGUGGUUGACCUGCUUUACAACAAAAAUCUAAGGAAGACAGAGUAGUUUCAUUUUCAACCUGAACUGCACAAGACAAAGGAGCUGAAAAGCAGAGUUUCUUUCAAAGCAGAGCAGGAGAUUUCCUGUAGAGACAUGGAUUUCAUUGAGCCUAUUCUAAGCAUCGCUCAGGAGCUGUAUUCGCUCUGCUGUGAGGUGAAGGCUAACCGCAGUCGCUGCAGGCGACUGGCGUCCCGGGUCCAGGCUCUGAUGGUCACAGUGAAGACUAUCCAGACUCAGGGGCCCGAGGGCCAGCCGGCGGUGGUGUGCAGGGGCCUGCAGGAGCUGAAGGGCACCCUGGAGUCGGCGCGGGAGAUGGUGAAGAAAUACUGCUUCAUGAAUAAAGUGCGAAAGUUCAUUGAGGGGCACGGCCUGAGAGAAGACUUUAACCUUCUGAACGAGCGGCUGAAUGACGCCGUUAAUGACCUCUCGCUCGCCCUGCACUCCGACGAGAAGGAGCGACUCCAGAAGAUCUUCAGAGUGCUGACACGGGAACAAGAGGACGAGGAAGACAGUGAGCAGGACAGGAGGGACAUGGAGACACUGCUCUCUCAGCAGCUGCAGAUAAAUGAGAAGGUGGAGACAGUGAGGGAGACCGUGGACUCCACCUUGGGGGAUUUGAGGGAAAUCAAGAGCAUGCUGAACUCCAUGAAGAAGCGGAGCCCCACGCUGCCAGACAUCAGGGAGAUCAAGAUUGAGGAGCUAAAAUACAACAGCGAGCCCUUUAUGAAGACCAACAACUCUGAAGUGUACAAGGGAGAAUACAACAAGUUCACUGUCGCCAUCAAAAGAUUCACUUACCAAAUGAGCACUAGCGCAGAUGAGGUCCGGAGAGUUUUCAAAAAGGAGGUUGAAACAAUGAGACGAUUCGAGUCCCCUAACAUUCUGAGAAUGUAUGGAAUCUGUGUUCUGAAAGAGAAUAGCCCUGUCCCCGAUUUCCUGAUCGUGAUGGAGUUCUGUAAGCACGGCAGUCUGCGGCAGGUUCUGGACGGGAAGCAGGAGCUGUCGUGGCAGACGAGAAUACAGAUGUGCCUGGAUGCGGCCCAGGGGCUGUACAGACUACACCAAUCGGAGGAAAAGUUUAAAGUCCAUGGCUGUAUUAACAGCAACAAGUUCCUUGUGGAUUCUGGGUUCAGGGUGAAGCUGGGAGGGUUUGAGCUGGCAAAGACCGAGACCUCUCUGAGGAAGAACAAAGACAAGCAGAGCCACGCGCUGUGCUAUUGCUCCCCCCAGCAGCUGGAUAGCAUCAACCAUCAAUAUGACAAAGCCUGCGAGGUCUACAGUUUUGGUAUUGUCCUGUGGGAAGUGGCCACCAGGAAGAUCCCUUUCAAAGACUUGACACCCAAACAGAUUCAUCAGCAGGUCUUCAUAGAGAAGUACAAAGAGCCCCUCCCCCAGGACUGCCCUCCUCAACUGGCCAAGGUGAUUGACGCCUGCCGCUCUUUCGAUCCCUUCCAGCGGCCCACUGCGGGAGCGCUGGUGGAUGAUCUACGGAAGACUGUGGAGGAAGACUGCUCCCCCAUAUUAUAAAGGCCAGCUUGUGGGAAUCCCAUGAGGGUGUGAAUCCAAUCUUCAUAAAAACAGAACAUAACAAAACCAGAGUGGAUCUGCAACAUGUCUGCUACCAGCACUACUUCCACUUCCCUAAACUGUUUUUAUUAUCAAAAUGAAGCCAAAUUACAAACAGGAAAGCAAUAGUUUCAAUGAACUUCUAUCUCCGGACAUUUAGAUUGAAUAGAAAGGCAAAGGCUGGAGAUGAACUGCAAACUAUAGAAUUCAAAGGUGAAUGUCUUGCUGUGUAACUGAAGAGCAAGCUCUAGUGGUUGAGAAGCAAGUGUCUUUUGUUGAUGUCCAUAUUGUUAACUCCUUCCCUGCUAGAUCUAUUCUCCCUCUUGCUUGAUAAAAGCUCCUCCUUGAACGUAAACACAAGUGGGUGUCCAUCUCAACUCGGCGAGUCUCAUCAUUGAAGGGGAGGGGCCAAUUAAGCCGUCCAGGAGAAAUGACCAAUGAACUGCAACACUAUCUGCUCACUCUCCCUCCCCCAGGAUCUUGAGCAACUACAGCAUCGUGUCUCGCUAGCCAGCUUACAUGCUAUAGCUUAUAUAAUCAUGCAAUAAACGUGGAUGUCAAUUCUCUAUUUCAACAACAGGGGUCACGAUUUUCCCCACUGCAAUUUUAACAUAUAUAGCAGAAACAGCAAAGUGUAACGAGAACACUAUGUUCACAAAUAGAGCACAAGACAUUAUCAAACACACGAUUUAUUCAUUUUGGUUACUGAUAGUGACAACUAUUCGACUCCCAUACCUAUGAGCAGGAGCAGGGUUUGUGAGGAGCAUGUAAAAACUCCAUGCAGGCAGCUGUUGACCCUGAAACAAGUGAUCAAAAAAUAUAUUUGGUUACUAUUGGACUCACUCGGUUUUGCUGCAUUUUGCCUGUGCCUUUUACAAGAGACUGCUGCCUUUGCAGGCCUUCUGAACUUACUGGCAACCUUUUAAUUGUUUACAUCAAAGCUAUUUACAUCAAAUCAAAGCUAUAUUCUGUAUGGCUCAAAUGCCAUCAAGUGGGCAGUCUUGUUCAAUUUAUUGGAGGGUAGUGUACAUUGAUAUACCUUUUGCAAACUCUUAGUGUGUCAAACCCUGCGUAACCACAAACUGCAAUGUUGCCCCAUUAAAGUCAUUGUAUUGUCAUUUUAAAACAUGAUAUCUGGUACUGCAUCAGGUUAAAGAAAGUUCUCAGUUUCAUGCCUUGCUCUCAGGAUUUUUCUUUACAAAUAUGUUACACUUCCCAGGUUCUUUCACCUUCUGGGUCAAAACAUGUUACUGGCUGAAAGCAUUAGUCUGUGGGGGAAGCAGCUGAUUGGAUAAUAAAAGGAAAGAAGCCUCCAGGGUGAAUGACCAAGGAAGUGCAACAUUAACAUAAAGUGGACAUUUUGUUGCAAACUGAAAACACAGUAUAUUUAUAUAAAAUGACAAAAAAACAUAAUGUUUUUAUAGAGCUUACAUGGAGAUUGUGUAUGAUUUUUCUUUUAUUGAUAAUAGUGCUCAUUUUUAAAUGUAUUAAGCCUUCAUUCUUGCUAAACAAAGGUGUCUGAGUCAUGUCAAAUCAAGGAACGUUGGUGUAUUGGGUCCACAGUUAUUAGGUACUGUUUUAGCAUGCUCGUUAUCAAGGAACAAGAGUGGCAUCAUGUUAUGAUCGAGAAGACAUUGAAAAUAUUUUACCAAACUAUAACUAUUUCAACAUAUCUUACGACUGCCUGUCAAAUUAAAUUUUUUUG